CAAGGGGUUGGGGGGUCUGAUGAAAGGAGAACACAUGCAGUCUGGGACUAGUAACCUGUGGGACUGACACACUACCUCUAGCUCCUGAUGGUUUCAUCUCCUCCUCUUACCACGGAGUCCUGAUAUAAAGAACCUGCACAACUUCAAGAGGACACUCAACUCUUGGACAUAGCUUGGGAAAGAAAUCUAGUCACCGAGAGAAGACCAGGGAACACUCAGGAGUUCAGUUUGAACUAACAUUGUUUUUAGUUAACUACUUUAUUGAAACAAAAAUGCUGAAUGCUGGCUUGCUGGUUUUGAGUUUCUGCCUUGCUCUGGGGACAGGAUAUAAGACUUCAGACACCACUGUGGGUAAGAGACAAUACCAGAUCCAAAACGGCCCAUGUAGCUACACCUUUCUGCUGCCUGAGCAGGACAAUUGCCGGUACUCAAGCAGCACUUACAACAACCCGAUCCAAAAGGAUGGCCCUGCAGACAGUGAUGAGUCAGCUCAGAGGCUGGACCAACUGGAGACCAUCAUGGAGAAUAACACACAGUGGCUCCUCAAGCUGGAGAACUACAUACAGGACAGCAUGAAGCAAGACAUGGUCCAGAUCCAACAGAAUGCUGUACACAACCACACGGCUACGAUGAUUGAGAUUGGAACAAACCUGUUGAGCCAAACUGCAGAGCAAACGCGGAAACUGACCAAUGUGGAGGCACAGGUAAUAACUCACACAACUCGACUUGAGCGCCAACUUCUCGAGAAUUCCUUGUCAACUAACAAGCUGGAAAAACAACUAAUAAUGCAAACAAAUGAAAUAAAUAAGCUGAAUGACAAAAACAGCUUCCUGGAGAAGAAGGUGGAGGAGAUGGAGGAGCAGAGACAGGUGCAGCUCAAGACGCUUCGAGAUGAAAAGGAGCAGCUUCAGGCACUGAUAGAGAGGCAGACAGCCUUUAUAGGGGAGCUGGAACAGCAGCUGCUUCGGGUUUCUUCAAACAACACUGUCCUGCAGCACCAGCAACAGGAGCUACUGGAGACUGUCAAUAACCUCAUCCACACCAUCUCUACCACCACAGCUGGAGAGACCAAACCUGCCAUGAUGCAGGAUACACCGUCCACGUACAUGGAUUGUGCUGCUGUCUUCAAGUCGGGAAACACUGAGAGUGGAGUGUAUGUCCUCACACUUCCAAACUCUACACUAGAGGUGAAGGCUUUCUGUGACAUGGAGACAGAAGGAGGUGGCUGGACAAUACUACAGAAACGCUUUGAUGGCCGUGUUGACUUUCACCGUACGUGGAAAGAGUACAAAAUGGGGUUUGGCGAAGCUUCAGGUGAAUUCUGGUUAGGAAAUGAGUUUGUCUCCAGACUGACAAACCAACAAACCUACAAACUAAGGAUCCAGCUGAGUGAUUGGGAAGGAAACUCAGGAUUCUCACUAUAUGAGCAGUUUUCUCUGGACAGUGAAGCACAGAAUUACAGGAUACACCUUAAAGGCUACAGUGGAACAGCAGGCAAAACAAGCAGCCUUGGGCAGCCAGGAAGUGAUUUCAGUACAAAGGAUGCAGACAAUGACAAAUGUGUUUGCAAGUGCUCGCAACUCACAACAGGCGGGUGGUGGUUUGAUGCCUGCGGUCCAUCCAAUCUGAAUGGGAUGUACUACCAACAGGGCCAGAACUCCAAUCGCUUCAAUGGAAUCAAAUGGUACUACUGGAAAGGCUCAGGCUACUCACUGAAGUCCACAACCAUGAUGAUCAGACCAGCAGACUUUUGAAGAAUCGUUACGCAGUCUCUCUCACAUCAGACAAAGUGAGAGGACAACACGGCCUGACACCAAAACAAAAACUACACUGUCCAGAGAACCAAAGCACUUCACGAUAACAACAUUUCUAUGAACUUUUCCUGGGAAAAUGAACACUUUGCUUUAUGUCUAUAUGUUUACUGAUAGGAACCAAAUGAGAAGUUAAACAAUGAAAAUGUGGAAUAUUAACACUGACAAAGCUAUAGGCUAUAUUUUGUGAAAAACACUGAAAAGACUGUUAAUGUGAUAUGCAUAGACAACUGGAAAUACAGAGAUUAUAGUGAGAAAUAGUUAGCUAACCAGAGGGGAGAUUGUGAUAUAAUGGCAUUGUAAGCAAAAAGACUAUGGUACAACAUAAAUUUAUAGUAUAUAUUGGUGAUAAAAUGACAGGAAUUGGCUUAAAAUGCUUACUGUAAUUUGCUCUAGGUAGGCUAUCUCCUGAGAUGUCUACAAUGUAAAUGUAAAUGUAAAAUACUAGUCAGAAUUUAUUCUAAGAUAUUUUCUUUCUGAUAGAAGAUGUAUGUAUAUCUGUUGUUUAAUUUAUAUGUAGAUUCAAAGACUGAUAUUUAACAUUGUAUAUGUGAUAGAGACUGUUAAAUUUUCACAUCACUCAGAUUCCCAUCCUGAGUGCCAGUCUACCUGUCUACACAUAAAUGCAAAGGGAUUAAUUUAAUCUAGGACAACUGUACAGUCCCUUCUCCAUGCUGACAUAUAACAACAACUAUAGUUUUUCCCUAUUUUUGUAAUUUUAUUUAUGUUAAAUCUGUAUUAAUUUUACACAUCUACAGUUAAAUUUUGUGGCAAAGCUUUGUAAGAGAGGGAGCUAAAUUCCCCCCCCCCCCCCUCCAAUAGACACCAAAUUAAUUAAGCAUCUAUCAACUCCCUGCAAAGCUCUGCCACCUGUUACAGACAUGAGGUUACGUCAGCUGUAUCAGCAUUACUCAACACGGGGCCCACCCUUUCACAAUAAACAAUGCAGUGCAAGCAGAACGAUCUGAUCGCCACA